UUGAAUAGAAGAAGAAAAUGCAGGUGAGGUGAAUAAUAGGUUUCAGGUAGAAGAAGAGAGAUUCAUGCAGUAACUUAUGUUCUUGUUUCUGAUGAACCAAAAACCGAGACAAACCACAAAGACAAUAAACAAGGUUUCGAUCGGUUUGUGUUCUGUUCUUGAAGGGAAAGGGUUUGUUUGAACGAGGGUUUGUGGAGACAAAGAAAAAUGUCUCUGACAAGUGUGAAAAUGUCGGAAGAAGUUUGGUUAACCUGCGUCACUCAUGCAUUGUCCACCGAAACCGAAGAGAUUAUGGGUCUUCUUCUCGGUGACAUCCAGCAUUCGAAAAAUGGGAGUGUGACUGCAUUGAUAUGGGGUGCAUCUCCUCAGACAAGGUCUGAUCGCAGAAAGGAUCGAGUUGAAACUAACCCUGAACAGUUGGCUGCUGCUUCUGCCCUAGCUGAUAGAAUGACCGCGACCACGGGAAGAACAACGAGGGUCAUUGGUUGGUACCAUUCCCAUCCGCAUAUUACAGUUCUGCCUUCGCAUGUUGAUGUGCGGACUCAGGGAAUGUAUCAACUUCUUGAUUCUGGGUUUAUCGGGUUGAUUUUUUCCUGUUACAGUGAAGAUGCAAACAAGGUCGGAAGAAUUCAAGUAAUUGCUUUCCAGUCAUCUGAUGGGAAGCAGAAUCACAUGUCAAGACCUAUACCUCUGUCCCCUGUAAAUAGAAGCGCUGUUAUUGACAUAGAUUCGUCACCGAGUUCCUCAGAGAAUGUAUCGAGAAGAUCUGGUUACUUCAAGGCAGAGAGCCCGGAUCAGGACACUGGUGAUUCAAGAAGUGCUGGUGCUAGUAAAGGUGGAGGGAGAUCUUCAGACUUGGGGAAUUUCUUCGCUAAUGCUGAUGCCAGCUAUCUAGGGGGAGAAAAGGGUGGAGGAAACUACCUUCUCAACAAUUCGGACAGCAAAGAAAUUGAUAUUGAUCCCAUGGAUAUGUCAGAAAGUAUGCAGGAAGCUAUGCAUCGUUCAAAUUUGGACAUGAGUGGUGCAGAGUAUGUAAGAAGAGAAAUUCCCCUUUAUGUUUUACCUUCCUUAUCUCUUAUCAACCUUGAUUCACCACUAGCAUCAUAUAUGGAUCUGCAACAUGUAAUAUUUGAAGAGGAGCGGACUGCAUAUAAUCAAGCCAUAUCGCAAAAUAUGAGGGAUGAGAAAGUGCAUCCACUCACUUUCAUACACCAUACUUCAACUUAUCAGGCUUCAUUAUGCAAGUUGAUUGAAUAUUGUUUAAGUCCUGCAAUUACUGCACUUCAAGAUCGACUGAGAGAGAAUGAAGUUCGGUUAGCAAUUAUGAGUGAAGAAGCCAAGAGUCUAGAGGCUGAAGCUUAUAGAGGGAGUGAAGCAAGUUUAAGUUCUCCCCGUCGAGUUGCAUCACCUGUACAUCAAGUUGCAUCUCCUGUUCAUCGGGGAAGUUUGUCUCCUGCUUCGAGGAAUGUAGCUAGUCCUGGUAGCCGAAGCAGAAGAGGGUAUUAAGCAAUAUAAAUGAUGAUGAUUUUGCUAAAAUGGAAUGUUUAAUUCAUCUUGAUGUUGUAAUGUUGUUGCCUCGGCAAUGUGUGCUACCAUGAAAAUGGGGCUAUAAUGAAGUAUUUUGCUAGUGGGUCUAUGGGUGCAAGUACGAGCAUAUAGGUACUUAGAGAGUUAGAGGGUACUGGCUGGGGCAAGCGUUCAAGUUACUAUCUAUUGGGUAUGGUGGCAGGUUCAUGUAUUUUUAUUUUUAUUUUGAUAAUUAGGAGGGCCAACGACCCAAAACUACAAACUACACUACUCUAGUCAUUGUCAUUGUCAUUCCUAAUGCAUGUAUGGGGACAAAUACUAUAGUACCCUAACUCAA